AUGGACAUCCGGGACAUCCUCUUCAUGUUUGGGGUCCUUCCAAUAUUCCCAAGAUCUUUGAACCCGCAAGAACGGCUCCAAAAUUCGGAUGGAUCCCCGGCUUUAAAACCAUUCAUCCAUCCAAUCAAUCCGUGCGCGGACCCAUGGCGGCAUAGGUACCCCGGAACAUGGUAUCCAUCCAUGUCGCCCACCGAACUUGUUUCUAGAGUAGAGUGGAGUAAAACAAGCAUGCUUCGAUUCCAUAUAUAUGAAUUCUCUCAAUGGAGGAUCCUUCUCGCAUCCAUGGAUAUAUUCUACAACCCUCGAAAGUUGAAACGGGGGUUCCUACCUCGGCAACAAAUAAGCAAUGCAAUUCGCCAGAUCGUCAAGCUUCGUGAGCUAUGUAAGCAAGGCAAGCUGCAUGCAUCAGUCCCGAAAAGCAAUAUAUCAACUGUCGCCAGCCAAUGGAGUAAUGGCCUCCCUGUCACAGCUUCUUCGUCUCUAGGCACAACCUGCCUACCCCAAUUUUCAACCCCCACAUCUCCCCCAAACUUCAACGGCCAUCUUUGCGAGGUCCUGGAAGAUAUAGAACACUUCGAUGUCGCCUCCCUCCACUCACUCACACUCACCAACCGCCGCUUCUCAAAGCUCUUCAACCCCUCCCUAAAAGCAGCCGCGGUCCUCCAAGGCAUCAACGGCAAUCCCGCACUCACCGUAGCCGCAAAGCACGGAUGCCUCGAUCUCGCCCGCCUCGCACUUACCAACGGCAAUGACGCAUCCACAGCAGACGCCCACGGCCAGACGCCCCUCCACUGGGCAUCUACAGUCGGCCACGCCCACAUCAUCCGUCUCCUCCUCGAGCACGGCGCCAAGCCACGGACCCUCAACUCCGCCGGCGCCGGCAUCACACCUCUAUACUGCGCCGUGAAGAACGGCCACUACGAAGCCGUCGACACGCUCCUCUCCUUCCAGUACGGCGCCCUCGUCACCGGCGCCGGCCGCGACGAACGCGGCGCCACAAUCCUCCACUGGGCCGCGCUCCGCAACCCGCACAUCAUCCAGCGGCUGGUGCAGUGCGCGCGCCUGUACAAGGACGUGGGCUUCGACAUCAACAUUGUCGACGGCGCCGGCGAGACACCGGUGCAUUGGGCAGCAAGGGCGGGGCAGUACCGCACGCUCAGGGCGCUGGUCGGUGCCGGCGCAAAGGUUGAUGUUGUGAGCGGUGUGGGCAAGACGCCGCUGCAUGUGGUGUUUGAAGGCACGCCGCAUGAGAAGACGAUCGAUGCGCUGCUAAAGGCAGGCGCGGGGAUCAAUGUGGAGGGACCGGGAAGGGAGACGGCGCUCCACAUGGCCGUCAAGUCGGAGGCGUGCUCGGCUAGCGUGGUCAUAUACAUGGUUGAGCAUGGGGCGGCGAUCGCGGCGCGGACGGACACGGGGGAGACGGCGCUGCAUCUGGCGGCCGUGCGCGGGAGCGAGCUGGUGGCGUGGUACCUUAUCGAUAACAAGGCCGACAUCGACGCCAUGGACUACCGCCAGAAGACGCCGCUGCACUGCGUGGUUGAUGUGGGCCUUGGGUUCUGGCGGAAUCCGCUCGUGAAUCUGUUGUUGGAGAAGGGCGCGAAUGUGAAGCUGGAGGAUAUGAAUGGGGAGACGGUGAUUGAUGCGGCGAUGAGGGCGGACUCGGGGCUGGAGGAGUGGGAGCGUGAGAAGAUUAGGGAGGUGUAUCCCGGGUGUGUGCCGUAUGUGCCGGUGGAGUACAAGGAGCCGGAGGAAUUUGUGCAGGCGCAGAUGAGGCCGAUUGACGAACGUCCAUCAUCAUGGAAAGUGUUUGAGAGAGAGAGCAAGAAGGAGGCUAGAUCGAGCCUGGAGAGCGUCAAGAAGCUGUUUAAGGCGACCAGGACUUCGAGGUAUCGCAUGUCCAGAUCUUAG